AGCAGCAUAAAAGCCAAGGUGGGGGGGAGGAUGUAGCUCAGUUGUCCGGGGCUAAGAGACAGUGGAGGAGGAACCUCUGGGAUCUCUGCUAGGUCAGGGGAAGAUAAGACUUUCCCAAAAGCUCAGGGCAGACCCUCGGUCAUGGCCAGACUCCUCCACUCAAUGCUCGACUCCUCAGCAGGAGAAACAAUCUCUCGUCCUCCAAUGGAUACCUCAGAGGCAGGGCGGGCUCCGGUGCCGGGCACCCGACGUCGGAAACGCACUACAUUCAGCAGGGGGCAGCUGCUAGAGCUGGAGAGGGUGUUUGCUGCCCGGCCCUACCCAGACAUCGGCACCCGAGAGCGGCUGGCCCGGCUCACGCGGCUUCCUGAGGCCAAAAUCCAGGUUUGGUUUCAGAACCGCCGGGCUCGAAGGAUCAAGAGUAGGAAGCCUGAAGGACUGAGCGCCUGGACCAAGGAGCCCCGGGGAGCUCUGCCUCCGGCCCAUAAUCCUCUGCGCCCCCAGGACCCUGAGAGCUGGGGACCCGCGUCUCCGUGUGACAGGGAGCCCAACUGUCCCGCACCGGGCCUGGCCCCAGGAUACAGUGCUAUGAGGGCCAAGGUACUGGGCCCUGGCGGGGCAGGCCCCCCAGGUGGGAUGCCCAAGCCUCCAGGGCCACUCAGCCGCUGGGAGCGGGCUGCCAGCCAGACCUCUCUGGGCAGCCUCUCCGACCUCAUCUACAACGCGGCCAUUGUCGCCAACUUGGAUGACGCCUAACUGGGACGUGGGCACCUUUCCUCUUCUCUCUUCCUGGGAGGAACUCUUUUUCCCUCCACUCUGCGGGAGCCGUCCACAUCAGUAGCCAAUCCCUGCUCGACCCCCUGCCCUACAUGAGAGUUACUUGAGAGGGCAAAGUCUGACUUGGGUUUCUUUUCUCCUUUUCCCAUCCCUCCAAGAUCCAGUAGGGAGAGCUGGGCAAAGUAUAUAUGGGGAGGUCCGGGGAGUCCCCUGCCUGGAAGGGUAGAGCCGGGGCUAAUCCCUUAAGGGGGGAACAUCCUUGGGACACAGACCUGUGACACUGACCCUCCCGGUCACCCAGGCUCCUCAGCAGCUCUAGCCCAUCCAUGCACCAAAGGAGUCCCCAGCACCAAGCACGACAUGUAUCGAAUGCCUGUGGCUCCCUGCAGCGGGGCAACUGCUGGUGAGAGAUCCUUCUGGGAGGGAUCGGGUGAGGAGGGGGUCCUUUGGGAUGACAAUUCCAUGCCCAGGCCAGGCUAACCCCCCUCCCCACCCCCAUCUAGCUACAUUUGCUCUCUCUGAAGGCAGAUGUCCACUUCCCUCUCACCCCCACCCCGACAUUACUUAAUUAAAAUCCAAAUGUAAGCAGAGAGAGCUGGGCAAUUAGAAUGCUCUCCCCAUCUCUCCGCUUCCCAGCUGCUGCUGACAGCAGCUGGUCCAUGGAUGCUAUGGUCCAGUUCACAGAGGGUUAACCUCCCCUUCCUACUCCCUCUCCUGACCCCCCACUCCCCCUGGACAAAUUAAUCUAGACCAUGGCACUUCUGGGGCCAGAGGGAGAAAAUAUCAUUUUUCCCCGCAGAGGGAAUAUUAUUAAAGUAAUAAAGAGAAAUCCAGGGCUGAGCUUAUCAGGAUUUGAAUUACAAGUGCUCUGAGCCGUGCUCCAAGGCCCACCUGACACCAGCUAGAGGAUCCUAUAUACCAGGGGGUAUGGGAAAGGGAGGGCGGUGUGCUUCAGCCCAUCCAUCAGCUGUAAUACCAACUAAUCUCCCAAAUAAAACCAAACUCCUCUACCUUAA